AUGACGACGACGUGGUCGCCGCAGACUUUGAUCACCUUCGAAUGCAGGUUUGCUGAAGAGGAGCGACAAAACAGUUUCGAGAUCUUUGAUAACUGCAAGCAAGACCUACAAAGGAUGAUGGCGAGAUAUGUGCAGUCCGAGAAUGACGGGAAUGUCGAGCUUUUGUGCCGUGUAAAGAAGGUGUGGGAGGACCUGGAAGGCUGUCUGCCCAGCCCAGGAGAUCUUAAGAGCGAGGUGGAGUUGGCCAAUCUCUUCAACGAGAACGUCUUCUCACUUGUGAGGAAAGUGAUUGAGUGGGAAGAGAAGUUUUAUGGACAGUGGAGUGCAUGCAAUCGACCUGAUUGCGAGAAGAGCGUGGAGGAUCUGUUCAAAGUAUUGCACAACAAGCAUGCUGCUCAAGAGGACUUUCUUGAUGUCCUCAAGAAAGCCGACGAUGCUGAGGAAGUGAAGUUUGAGAUCGCGAAGCUCGUCUCUUGCGAUCGAGCUUUUGCUCACUUCCUGCAAAUUUUACAAGAUCGAAAGGAUCAAAAUCUCUCUUCUUUGGACACUUUGAACCAAAGUCUCAAUACUAUCUCGGCCGAGAAUCCAUUUGUGAAGAAGAAAGAAGAUCUUCGCAACAAUGCCCAGAAAAUGAUCAGCAAGUGGGAGAAUGACAAGAUAGCGCUCGAGUCUCAGGUGCAAGCAUAUCAGCAGCGGCUGAACUCGUUGGAAGAGAUGUUCAGCGCCGCAGACACGCAGGGGAUGCAUGCAGCGAAAGCCCUCCGGUCCCGUGGUGCCCAGGUGGAGGAAGAGAGGAGGAGAAAUCUCAAGUCUCUCAAUGAGGUGCUGAUCAAGAUGCUCAAGACUGAAGUAGAAGCGGAAGAUCUAAGGAGGAAGGAGGACCGAGGAGCAGGCAUCCUAGACACGAUCUCCACCAUCCAGAUGAUGAGGAUGAACUCCUUGUUCCGCUUCCAUGAUGUUGAGAGCACCAUCUACAUGCAUCUUGAUUCCUUCGUGCAUACAGCAACCAAAAUCCAGCAGGAUGUCCGGGAGCACCGCCUGCUCGCAGACAGGAGGGAGGUCAUCGAGCCGCUGCACGCUUCCCUCCGCGAAACGAGCAUGCAGCUCAGCGAGUGCAGCAGGAGGUGCCAUGAGAUCGCUGGCCGCAUCUCCCGCCCCGUGACGUCGAGGAGGAGGGAGCUGCAUUUGUCCUACAGCGAGGAGGGAGGCAGCUCGACGGGGAGUCCGUCGAGGCAGGAGGAGGGGAAGAUGAAGUUUACAGUCACCCUGGAGGGGGAGGACAUUCUCCGGAAGCCCAGGCUCCACACGAUCCAGGGGAACAUCAGUACGCUGGAGGAACUUGCUAUCCGUCUCGGGCUCACCACCACUGCCUCCAUGCUCUGGGAGACCAGCCCGCAGCUGGCCAUGGCGGCAACGGACUCUACUAUGCUCCUGCUGUGCUUGCAGGACAGCGAGAGGGAGGAAGUGGUACAGCGGGACGUGGAGGUGGAGGAGGGAGGAUGGUACGUGUUCCGGCUGCGAGGCGUCUCCAGCCUCACAGGGUUUGUCAACCUGGGCAUCUCCGUCGUGUGCAGGAAGAGAGGGAGCGUCAUCGUGCAGAACUCGUCCACGUUCUGGGGGGGAGCGAGCGGGUGGAACGACCCCGAUCGGGUCCAGGAGGGUGAGGAGGAGGAGGAGGAUGAUAGGGUGGUGGAGGAGGAGAGCUGGGGGGCAGGGGUCGGCAGCCCCGCAGCGAGAGUCUCCUGGAGCAUGCUGGCGGACAAGGACGAGGUGGAGGUCAAGUUCGAGAGCCCUUCCAACCGCGUGCACGUCUGCAUCUUCUUGAAUGAGGUGAGGGGGAGCCUGUGCUGGGCUGCUGCUGAGGAGGAGGGUUGGACGCAGGUGGAGGAGAACCAGCAGGUCAGCAUUCAGAGGGCCGAGCUGGUGAGGCUGAAGAGGAUGGCGUACAAGCACCCGAGGAUGGACUGUGAGGUCCAGAGGAUCGAGGCAGAGCUGAAGGAGAGGGAGAAGGAGCACCUUCAGAUGCAGAGGAGGAUCAGGGAGUCGAUGAGGAGGAAGGAGGAGCUAGAGGAGGUGAUCGAUAACCUCCGCAACUCCCGCCUCUCGCUGACCAACGAGGAGCACGAGUGGGAGAUGUCUGACGCAGACGUUUGA